GCAGGUCCCUUGCUGCCAUCACCACUCGCCGCUCUGACGAAAAUACUGCACCUUUUUCUCCCCCUGCUCAUCACCCCGUCACUUCAACCGAGAUUGAUGCUCAUUGCCCGCGAAUAAUUACAAUGUUCCUGCACUCCGGCGCAAGUCUCCAUGGCCAUGAAUACUCGACUCGCUCGCCCUCCAACCCCCAAUCUCCCACCCACCUCCGAAGCCCACUAUUGCGCUCGGCCCUGUCGCCGCCGAAACAGCGCGCGCCUGCCUCCGCCGACGGGACACCGGCGCCCAUUCCUCGCCAGCGAGCGGUGUCGGACUACAUUCCGCGCGAUCCAAUGCCCGCCGUCCGCUUCCGAGAGGGGCAGGACGACCUGCCGCCAACGCCGUCGACCCACGAGGAUUCAAUAUCCGAGUCGGAGCUCAGCGACGUGACCUUUUCGAUCGACGGCGCUCUGUCUCCCCGUUCGGUCCGCUCCCGGCGGCCGCGCCGGGCUUCGCGAAAGGGCACGGCGUACUAUCUGGGAUACCCGGCGCCGAGGAUCAUCGGGAAGACAAAGGUCGUGCAGAAGGUCUUAUUGCCGCGAUUGCUCCUGCAGCUCCAGCAGGUCUCGCAGGAAGGGAGGUCAAAACCGGUCCUCGAGGUGUUCCCGGCUCUGCGCAUCACAGGGCCCGUGGUAGCUCCGCGGCUGACCAAGAAGUUUCCCGGUAUAUUCGGGGUCAAGCGCCAUCUCGGAUGCGACGACAUUGUGCUCCUGCGGAGGGACGACGGGGACGCGAGCUGGGAUGGGCCCGAUAGCGAAGCCGAGGAGAGCAUGGAGAGCAGGGAACUGCUGGCCGUCUUCAGCCCGUUGAAACACUCGAACGAGGCCGAGCUAGUGCUCAACGACGGAUCCGUGUGGAUGGCCAAACCGCUCCCCAACGGGAACUUUGACUUUGUCCACACCGACGCCGACGGCAAGGUCACGACUGCGCGAUGGGCACGCAGGCAGACGGCCGGCGGUGCUGUCUCUCCGACCACGGACUCGUCUAUCUCUUCGACUGCGCCUCAGGCGCGGUAUACUUUUAGCAUCAUAAACCCCCUGACCCGCCGUCAUCCCGUCAUGGCCACGCUCACCCCGUCCACGCUCAAUGUUUUCGACACGUACACAUCCGUCUCCCCAUCGCACGCGCGCCAGCGGCCCGUCAACCGCCCACGUCGCUCCCAAUCCGUGACCUCUCCGCCAACCUCUCCUCCAACCCCGGCCCGCGUUACUCCUUACUCCCCAUCCGACAUGUCGUUAUCCGGGUCGACCAGCGAUGGCGAGAACGGCUCGGCAAUCUGCAUCCCCCCGUCGCCAGAGGCCGAAGCGUCGAACCGAACAGUCCACCCGAUCGACGACCGUACCAAGACGCUCAUCUCGAUCACCGCCCUCUGGGUCUGUCUCCAGUCCGGUUGGCCGCAGAGCCACCAUUCUGCUCCGGUCAGCAACGGCGAGACGGCGGCAUCUUCGACGUCGCUGGCGGCGUCGUCCACGCGCCCCCGGGGCCGGAGCAGACGGAAUACCUGGACCACACGGUCCUCCUCCGCGUCGGAUACCCCGCAAUCGCCUACCGCCGAUCCGUCUCUUGCGCACGGGAAUCAGCCGUCCCGCGAGACGGCGAAAGAAGCCGCGUUUCGAAAACGGUCCUCGAUGCCCGUGCCGGUGCCGACAUCUACGCACCUAUCGGGAGAAGACAUCGGGGGCGUUGAAAGCUUCACGCCGCUGCUGUUGCUGCCGCAACCACCACGGCAACAGCUGUCGCCAGCUCGACCGCCCACUCGGAGGACGACGGUUUCGACGGCUCUUGACAGCCGCCCCCCCCAUGUCAGAUCAUCGCCGAAACGGGCGACUAGCCUGGGCGCCGCGUUCAUGCGUAAACGGUUGUUGGCGUCGUCGAGUUCUUCUAACUCGACCGUGGAUCGUGGCGAGGCGCCCGAGCAAGCCGGGACCGUCAGUGCAAAGCCCCAACUUCUGCCCUCGCUUGCUACUACGCAGGGCGAAGGGGGGACGAUAGAGGCCGAGACGGCGCCGCAGGGCGGUGAAAAACCUCUCGGCACCGGAGUCGGGGUGACGUUGGAUUCAGCGGCAUGUCGAGGAUCUGCUAGCGGAAGCAAAAAGAGCGGCGGCGGCGCUCGCUCCAAGCUUGUGCGGUGGAUGUAUAAGCUUAGGUCAUCUUCGUCUCGCUAGAAGUGGCGGAUAAGGAAGCUUCACUGUCCAACUGAGAGUACGGAGUAAUCAUAUUCUUUAAUCUUCUAGGCCAAUGGCGUCAUUUACCUAACCUAGUACAGUACCUACGGGGAAUAC